CUAGCGGCCUAGCCUGCACAAGUGGGAGAGGAAAAGAGGAGCCAAAGCCCAAAAGCGUGUGUGUCUGUGUGUGGGGAACCAGAAGGAAACGAAGGAGGUAGUAUAGGAUGAAGCGGCAGCAGCACCGGAAGAAUUAUCCGAGCGGGAUCCGGUCGGCCGAUGGGCAGACCACGCUCAAAUCCUUUCUCUUCAAGCCCAGGGUUGUCGAUGGGGUACAGCAGCCGCCGCCGCCGCCGCCGCCGCCGGAGGGGGUGAUGGAGGCACCGAUCUCUCCGCCGGAGCCGCCGAAGCGGGAGAUUGUCAGAGUCACCAAGGCGAUCAUUAAGGAGAAACCGAGCGCGUUCUCCUCGGUGGGCUCCGCAGGGAAGGACGGGGCCGGCGGCGCGGACGGGGCUUUGAACGCGGCGGUCUUCAAGCGGUUCCACAGUUCAGCCCCGGGGGCGAAAGUGGAAGGCGGUCACGUGGAGGCAGGGGAAGACGGCGAUCUCGGCUUCGGCGGUUCAGGCGACGCCCCCCGGCUGGACGUCGAGAGCCGCCGCGACCUCAGGAGCAAGCGGAAGAGUCCCUUUGGCAGCGACGAGCACGGGAGCGACGCCAAGGCCAGACGUGUGUUGGUGCUCGGCGACGACCCGAGGCCGCGGCCGGCGAGUAGCCAGGGGCUCGUGAGGCCCACCCGCGGCGGCCGUGGCCGCGGCCGCGGCGGUGAGGGCGGCCGCACUUUGUACAACCACUACGCGAGCGGGGGCGGGUGGUGGCACGGCGACAUGGAGGGCGUGGACGGGGAAGAGGUCGGCUGGACGGACGACAUGUGGGAGGGGAUGGGAUCCGUCACGCUCGGCGGCUUGGAGUGGCACUAGCUGCCGCCGGCCGUCUGCAGAGCACGACCGGCCCGUUACCGCCACGACAACCGGCAGAGUAUUACUAGUAGUAGUUACUAGGGAUUAAUGAAUUAGGCAGCGAUGAAGUUGUGGUAUGCUAUAAUUUUGUCAGAAAGCAUUUAACCUGCAGAGUGAAAGUCUGAAAGACGUACAAAGUGGGAACAAUUAUACAAGUCUGUCGAUAACUGCAGGCAGCUGCGUUCAGCUGUGUUUCUUAUCAUGCCAUUCUCUGAAUCAUUCUAAAGUU